AUGCCCGGUCAUCAACGCAAUGCCUCACAGGGACAACAUCUGAUCGUCGACCGGCACGAGAGUGGCGACGAGGAGGAUUUGGAGAGACAAGUGCCAGCCCAUGCCCCGCCUGAGGUGUCCACCGGUGGCGUUUUCCCCACCUCGCAGCCAAAUUUGCCCAUCAGUCGACCACAUGAAAACAAAAUCAAAGGCGGUUGUCGAGAUCCCCGUCUACGAUCAAACUACAAAGUGGUGAUCGGCUCGAUUCUUCUUACCGCAAUUGGAUCGACACUUCUCGUUUAUGGGGCGCUUGUCUUCUUCGAGAUUAGCACCGAUCACGCUGGUGUCCAAGCGUGGAUGUUAGUGUUCGCGGGUUUACUGUGUUUCGUGCCCGGCUUCUACCAUGUUUAUUAUAUCACAUGUACUUUGUGCGGUCGACCCGGAUUCUCCCUUGACAAAUUGCCCACUUUUUCACGG